CUCCGAGCUCCCGCAGUCAUUGCGUGACAGUCAGGCCGCGAUGAGUCGGAGAACUCGACGCUGGAUUUUAAGAGUUUUACUUUGUCUGGGAAUCGUUUACCUGAAAAUUGGGGGCUUCUCGUCGGUGGUGGCCCUCGGAGCGAGUAUAAUCUGCAACAAAAUCCCCGGUUUGGCACCCAGACAGCGGAUUAUUUGCCAGAGUCGCCCCGAUGCCAUCAUCGUCAUCGGCGAGGGCGCGCAAAUGGGCAUCAACGAGUGUCAGUUCCAGUUCAAAAACGGACGCUGGAACUGCUCGGCCCUGGGCGAGAGGACCGUCUUCGGAAAAGAGUUGAAAGUGGGAAGUAAAGAAGCCGCCUUUACGUACGCCAUCAUUGCAGCCGGGGUGGCUCACGCCAUCACCGCCGCCUGUACGCAGGGUAACCUGAGUGACUGCAGCUGCGACAAAGAGAAGCAGGGUUUCUACAGCAGGGACCAGGGAUGGAAGUGGGGGGGCUGCUCCGCGGACAUCAGCUACGGCCUCGACUUUUCCAAAGUCUUCAUUGACGCCCGCGAGGUCAAACAGAACGCACGGACGCUCAUGAACCUCCAUAACAACGAGGUGGGACGCAAGGUCCUGGAGAAGAACAUGCGGCUGGAAUGCAAGUGUCACGGAGUGUCCGGCUCCUGCACCACCAAAACCUGCUGGACUACACUUCCCAAGUUCCGCGAGCUCGGCUACAUUCUCAAGGAGAAAUAUGCCCACGCGGUGCACGUGGAGCCGGUCAAAGCCAGCCGCAACAAGCGUCCCAAAUUCCUGAAGAUCAAGAAGCCAUAUUCUUACCGGAAGCCCAUGGAUACAGACUUGGUGUACAUAGACAAGUCCCCGAACUACUGCGAGGCGGACACGUUGACGGGCAGCCUGGGGACACAAGGGCGGGUGUGCAACAAGACUAUGAUGCAGCACAUCAGCGGCUGCGACCUGAUGUGCUGCGGCCGCGGCUACAACACGCACCAGUACUCCAGAGUGUGGCAAUGCAACUGCAAGUUCUUGUGGUGCUGCUACGUCAAGUGCAACACGUGCAGUGAGAGGACAGAGGUGUACACUUGCAAAUGAGAAUAUUUAUUGGAUGGUGCUCGAGUGCGUGUGGCGGUGAAUGUGUCUUCUUUUUUUUUUUUUUUUUUUGAACGGACGAACUGGAUCCGUUUGCUGCACGAGGAGCUGCUACUGGGCUGUGGACAUUCGGUUAGUUGAGGUGCACAGUGACAAAAGACUUGUCACGGGGAAAACUGCACGUUGCGGGCGCGUAUCGCGUGCAACCGGAGCACAAAGACUUGACGCCACACGGAUACGUAGUGGCGACGAGAAAUGAAAUAUGUGAUGGCUGAGCCGUGCACACUGCUGUCUUUCACACAUGGAAUGACUCAGCCAUGUGGAAUAUUUAACAUACUGUGUGUUUUUUUUUUUUUUUUUUAGAAUGGAGA